GGCACUGGCCGGGCACACUCUGCAGGCUCCCACUACUAACCAUGUUUGAGGAAAGUCCUCCUUCAAGAUACCUAACAAGCCUUGCCCACCCAGAAGCCUCCCAAGGAACCACCGCAGCUGUAAGCCCUGCUUUGCGGGAUCAGGAAAACACAGGACACGUCCCCAUGGACAACAGCGACAGUGAACCGCCAGCAAACCCAACCUCCCUACAGCAGCACCUGGCAAAGCUGAAGAUGCUGAUGUCCAGGCAGAAGGCUGAGUAUGAAUCCAAGAUCGCAAGCCUGGAGCAGCGGAACAGGGAGCUGCAGUCCGAGAUUAAGGGUAUGCAUUCGAAACUGGGACAGCAGCGCAAGUGGUACAGCCUUGUGGAGAUGAAAAUGCGAAACGCGGAGAGAGCAAAGGAAGAUGCAGAGAAAAGAAAUGAAAUGCUCCAGAAAGAGAUGGAAGAGUUUUUUGAAACCUUUGGGGAAAUCAACAGAUGGAAAUGAACAGGGGUGUGCUCAGUUCGACGUGGAGCUGAGCUGUAGAAAGGCCACCUCCUGAUUUCAGCAGACUCCCCUGUUCCAAAGGCAAUAUAAGAAACCCAACAGCAAAAACUAGGCUGCCGAUUACAAAGUGAGCAGUUGAUACAAACUCAUUCGGAUGCUGACUCCCUCUGCUCCACCCUGCUAAUGCCAGGGAUCCUUUCUCUUAGCACUGGAAAAUCUUUCAGACACUGCACUACCAGCUCCCAAGCCAGCCCAUGUCUUGUGCUGGGGAAGGACUCGUCAUAGAUGUUUUUCAUCUAGCCUCAAGCCUUGUACCCGUGCGCUCAAUGCCCAAGGGACUGAGUGGUUUUAAUCAAGGGAUGUUGUGCCUGCUGGAGUGUGUUCUACCAGCCACCCCAAGGUCCCAUGGGCUACAAGAAUGCUGAGCUCAUACCUGCAUCCUUAAGUCAGCUGUUUCAGAGACAAGUACAGAGGAACGGUGGGACACCACAGCUGCAUCUCCCCCUUGCACUUUGAUAUGGUCAUGUGCCCAGGAUGCAGAGCUGUUGUGCCAUUCCUGUGCUCUCACUGAAGGGAUGUUAAUUUAUGGAUGAGAAGGGCUCUUACAAGGCCAUUUGUUCCUCUGGAUUAUAAUCAGCUUCCCUACAGGACUCCCAUAGGAACGCAUUAGUCUUAAAACUGCCACUGGCAGGCUCCCUCCCUCCCAUCCCCCAGAGAUACCUUUUUCCACAUGAGAAAUGUGUUAACUAUUUUGAUACCAGCAUUAAUGAUACAUAUACAGCUAAAUAUUAAUAACCAUGUUCUUUUAUGCCACUGCAGAACUUUAACAUGAGCAAUAGUACCUGUAUUCUUUAACCUGUCCUGUAUUUGAAAUUGUACUAUAUAUGACAAUAAAGUGUGUUUCAUUAUUUGCUCUUCAUUAAGAUUAAAUGCAACCGUGGCCACGUACUUGAUAACUCAGUGUAUCACUAAACCAGCUCAUGAUGAAUAAGCAGAAACCACACAGAUGUGUUUCUUCUUCCCCAGAGAAGAGCAAGCAGCUUGUUUUAAGAUCAAAUAGGAGUGAAUCAAAAGGCCAGGCUUAUCCCAGGAGGCUCCUGGAGGGAAGCAGCGCUCCCCUAUUCCAUGCCCAGGGCAAUGCUGCAGCUCCUUCACUCAGAAGGACAUGCUGGCCAACCACUUCCAUGCACUGCGGGGUUUCCACACGUGCAUCACUGAACCAUAAUGUGUUUCUUUGCCACCUUACCUUCGCACCAAGUAAUGGAGAACUGAACAGUUUUUUAACCUGAAUUCCAGGCACUUAUAUUCUUCCCAUCUUUCCCCCC